AUGACCUUACGUUGGUUGCUGGAGCACGUGUCCGGUCUGGUGGAGCGGCGUUGCGUACACUUCAGCAAGCCGGCGCCUAACUGCGAAUCCUCGCGUGACCCGCCUCGUCGGUUCUGUCGCGGCGGUCUGCGUCACCACGGAGAGUGGAUCAGCACGUGUGCCCUGAUCAGCCGUACGCUGCGCGCUGAGGGCAUGCGCUGCGACGUGUUCUAUUCUACGGAGACCGGCAGGAGAUUUGUGCGUGCGCUGGAGAGCCGUCUGUGCAGCCUUAACGCGCAGCAGCUUUUCCAGGUGCUUCUGGCAGGUCGGAAGUUUGAGGCACCGAUCGAGUGUGUCGUACUUAGAGAACUACUGCCUCAGUUGUCCAGGUUGGACACGGUGAGCGUACUGCGCCUACCCACUCUGGUUGCAUCACGCGAUCCUGCCUUGUGGCGUGUGUUGUGGCAGGUGAGACGCAUAUUAAGAGUUUCAAGUGUCGUAGGAGCUGGAUUCUCGUCAGAUCGGUGUCAAAAGUGGCUCCGGAGCCCUGGUCCGAGUGGAGACCCAUCUGCUCGAGUCGUUGAGGUAUGGCGCCGCCAAAUAAAUGUACAGCUAAAUAAUUACUGA